AUGCCGAAUGACUCUAAUGAUUUCCCUCAACUAGUAACUUCAGCCAGCAAUGAGCGCCGGAUCGACUCCAAACGUGUAUUCUUUACGGACUCUCGCUCGACGCAGACCGAUCCUCCCAGAAGAUUCCCGUUCACAAACACCUCGAUGCUGGUGGAUCAUACAACGGCGGCGAUUAGCAGCAAUGGCAAUAGAGGUAGCUCGCGAAACGUUUAUGCGUCUCGGCCAUCGUCGAAAGGAGACAUGAGAAUUGUAUCUGCCUGGGCUCAUCGAAGACGCAGGCGCGCAUUGCAGGCUUAUCAGCGGCAUGGGUGCAUCAGGCCGAACAGGCACCCCUCGCAAUGCAGCAUCAAUGACAACUCACCUGUCUCCACCGAUCGAAGGGCCGGCGCGGCAGCUGCUGCGCGUACCCUAGGUGGGAUGAACCGGGCCCGCGCUCGAGGUCGCCAGCAACAAAACAAUCAACGUACCGUGAAACAACAAUCCAGUAAGAAUGUCACGUUCGUGUCUAGUUCCCCCGAACUCAACGCCGGCAGUAUCCCGUCGAAGGUCGACGUGCCAAAGCUUAAAGGAUUGAUUGGAUCGAAACGAAUAUUGGGAGCCAAUAAAAUCUGUUUCGGUCAGGAUCCUACCGAGCCCAGAGAUCCGUCGACGAUAACAAAGGGUUCAAUAAACGCGACUGAUAGAAGCGUCACAGUUCCCAGCGAUAUCAUCAUGAUAUCACGGGCCACCCAGACCUCGUCACUGUCCUGCAUCUCAAGUGGAAGUAUGUAAAUUAAGUAGUUCCGGCAAUUAGCUCUUACUGACAGAGUGAUAUUACUCAAUAAAUGCGACC